CUAAGCACCACCAACUCAUAGCUCUUGUUAUUAUAUGGUUUCUUUGCAGGCCUUGCUAUUCGCCGAUGAUAUAUACCAGUCCCCAUCUUGCCACGCUCCUAUGUGUCUUUCUUUCACUGAUGCAGAAAAAAAAAAGUAGUAAUUGGUUCUCGACUGAAUUUGAGCCUAGUUCCGACACUGAUGAACAAGAAAAUAGCCAAAGAUGUCUUAUUGGAAUUUGUUUAAUGCCACAUGGAAUAUUAAUGGGCAUCUGAAGGUUCUCUAAAUCGAUCGAUAAGCCUCCUUGUGAAAAAUGAUAGUAAUUAAGAGGAAGAGGUAUUAUUAUAGCAGUCUAAUAGAUGCAUGGAUAUUAAUAUUUCUGAUGUUUAGUUGGGCCCUACUUGCUUUAUUCAAUUGAUCUCGGAACGUCAGAUAUUGAGAGCUGGCAAAACCAUUCAAACGCCAAGGCUGCCUUGUAGACACCGUUUGUCUAGGGAGAGACAGAGAGAAGAAAUGGAAGUAAAUCAGGGAAGCAAGGCGAAGAUGAACAUGAAAGAUGCGAUGCUGAUAUGCGGGAAGCUGUACAUCUCGGAAUCCCGGAACAGAUCAGCCAUAGAGGCAAUUGAGAGAGCUGCGAGGCUUGACCCGGAGGCUGCAAUGGUUAACAAAUUUGAGGAUCGAGCAUAUAACCGAGUUCGUUACACACUGGUCUCCUACGUCAUCAGGGACAGCAUCAACUGCACGGCUUACAGCCCCAUGCGAGUCACGUUGCGGACCAUGGUCGAGGCAGCCUACGCAACCAUCAACCUGGAGAUGCACUCUGGCGCGCACCCGCGUCUCGGUGUCGUAGACCAUAUUUGUUUCCAUCCCUUAGCCCGUGCCUCUUUGGAGGAUGCCGCCCAGAUUGCUAAGCUGGUCGCCUCCGAUAUCGGCAAUGAUUUCCAGGUGCCAGUGUUUCUGUAUGAAGCUGCACACCCACGUGGUAGGGCCCUGGACUCUAUAAGAAGGGAGUUGGGCUACUUCAGGCCAAACAUGGGGAAUCAGUGGGCUGGAUGGGGCCUGCCAGAGAUACUAACAGACGAGCCGGACGAGGGCCCGGCCCGUGUGAGCCGGGAGAGAGGAAUAACAAUUAUCGGUGCAAGCCCGUGGGUGGAGAACUACAACGUGCCUGUGCGCACCACUAACGUGCCGGCAGCCCGGAGGAUCGCAAGGGCGAUCAGUGCGCGGGGCGGAGGGCUGCCGACGGUCCAGGCACUCGCCCUCGUCCAUGGUGAUGACACGACGGAGAUCGCUUGCAUACUCUUGGACGCAAACCGGGUGGGUUGUGACAAGGUUCAAAACCAGAUCGAGCUUAUCGCUGCACAGGAAGGCCUAGAGGUUGAGAAGGGUUACUUCACAGAUAUCUCUCAGGAUAUGAUCGUCGACAGGUACAUCCAAUCCAAUUGAUGACAGACCAUUGAGAACGUCUGAUCUGAAUCAGUUUAUUAAUUGCUCCAAUCCUUAUCCAAGGGCUACUCUACCUGUCUUAAUUCAGUGCCUGUAGCUAUUCUAUUUACUAUUUACUGUUAUCUUCUUCAUGUCAUAAAUUGUCUCUCUCACUCUGUUGUGUUG